AAUUCCUCCACAUCUAAUACAAUUGUCAAAGGAAUUAAUCCUCUCUCCUUGAUUGGUACUCACAUCAACGUAGAUUAUGGUGUAACUAAGUUUGACAACGGAGAUGCGUUUGGCCAUUUUGGAAUUGCAGUGCCAAAUCUUCAAAAGACUCUUGACUCUAUAAAGAAGUUGGGGUAUGCGGCUCCGAGCUCCCCUUCCGAGGAGCAUUGCGAUGUCUUUGCAAUUGUUGUCGAUCCCAAUGGAUACAAAUUCAAGCUCAUCCAAAGGGACUCUUCAAGGGAGCCAUUUUGCCAAGUGAGCCUCCACGUUGGAGACAUUAAUCAUUCUAUCCUUUACUACCAAGAUGCAUAUGGAAUGAAGCUAAUUGCCAGAAAAGACUUCCCAGCACAAAAAAAAGCAUUUGCUUAUUUAUCCUAUGAUAUGGACAAGAGAAGAUCCACAGUCCUUGAAUUUGAAUACAACUAUGACAAAACAAACUAUUCUAAGGGUAAUGGAUAUGCUCAGCUAGCCAUAGGGACAGAGGAUAUAUACAAAACUUAUGAGGCUUGUGAAAUCAUUGACGGUGGCCAAACUGUUACAAUUCCAACUACUUCACCAAACACAAACACCAAAAUUUAUGCAGUUAUUGAUCCUGAUGGUUGGAGAACAGUAUGGGUUGACAAUAGUGACUUCACCAAGGAACUUGAGCCUGUUUCAUUUGCACAUGAGUUCAAAUGCACCACACAAAACAAAAAACAACAAUUAUAGGUUAUUGAUCCCAACCUACAAAAAAAAAAAAAAAAAAAAAAAAAAACUGUCAUGCAGUGAGUUCCUUAAUCAAAUCCACGUGACAACAUAAAAUAAACUUAAUUAAAUUCAUAUGAUUAAGUUUAUUUUAUCUAAAUUUGUCUUUACAACCUUGAAUAUGAGUUGAAAGGUGUGUUCAACAAUCAAGCAUAUGAGUUAUACAAAAUACAAUAGUAUUAAGGUUUUCAAAUUUUGUUUUUAUUUCACAUGUGAAAAACUUGUUUUAAAGUGAAUAUUAAUGGUAAUAAAAUGUCAAAUUUGCAUCAAAAAAUUGAAAUAUUGUUAGUAUG